AUGAACUUUCUAAAGUUUGCUAAAGAAUACAAAAAAUUAUUUCCGAAUAUCACAUCUGAAGAAAUUUGUAAAGCUUUUCAGGUUAACAAUGAACAUCAAGACGAAGACGUAAACAGAUUUUGGAAUGCACUAAAGAACAAAAAUGUUGAAUGCGGAGAAUUCCUCCAACUGUCUGAGGGCAUCCAUUUUUUAGAAAAUGAAGAUAAAACUUCAAUUAUUUACAUUUGUAAAUGCUAUCAUGAUUUGGCAAAGAUCGCAUUUGAUAAGAAAAUGAAAAAAGAUUGUGAAUUAGCGGUAAUCUGGGUAUCAGAAAGACGCUAUUUGGCUACUACUUACUUUAUUUACUUUCAAUCAUAUCAGAAAAAUUCAAAUGCAUGGUACAUUGUGGAUGCUAAGAUACCAGUUAAAGCUAAUGCAAGAACAAUUCUUUUAUGUUCAUCUAGAAAGGAUCUCUAUAGAGAUUUUGACAAGUUUGGACUUUCAACAAAAGAAAAGGUUGAAGAAUUAUUUUUGAAGUGGGGAGGAAUUCCUAGGUUCGUUUUAGAACAGGCUGAUGAUAAAGAUACAGAUGAAAUGAGCUAUAAGCUCGUUCACAUUUAUACAAAUCUCCCAUUCGCUGAUGAAGUAAAGGACGAAAAUGAAAUGGAUUUAGAUACUAUUUCCACUAUUCCUAAUGAUGUAAUGCUAGAUCGCCACGAUGAAAGACCCUAUAUAAAGUCAAUCAUAAGAUUCGUCUCUGACUUUAUUAAGCAAGAAGUGACCAAAACACUCGAGGAAGAUAUAAGGAACAAAUUGCAUACUGAAACGAAUUUAAGCUUAAAAGCAGGAAUCAGUAAUUCGUUAUUGGGCAUGUUAUUUGAACAGAUUGCUCAUUAG